AUGGUUAUUUACUUUUUUCCCAUCUCAUGGUUCCGCCAGGCCUGUCGAAAUAAGCUGAACAAUCGGACGUGCACGAGCUCCUGUCCACCGAAGUACAUUCUCAACCAUGAUACAAGCCGCCAGGAGCUGAACCCCGCCUUCAAGUACGAUCUCCAUGAUAUCUGCGUCAAGACCUGUCCCGGUUAG